UAUCCAACCUCACAUAACUGAAACAUACAAACUACACACAAUGUCCUACAACGAUUCAUACGGCGGCGGAGGCGGCUAUGGCGGUGAACGCCGUAACGAGGGCUACGGACGCGACGACGACCGCCGCCAGGAGGGAUAUGGUGGUGGCCGUGACGACAGGCGCCAAGAAGGUGGCUACGGUGGAGGCCGUCAAGAAGGAGGCUUCGGCGGAGAGGAGAGACGCCAUGAGGGCGGCGGUGGCUACGGGGACCGCCCAAGCGGAGGCAACAGCGGUUACGGACGUGACGAUGACCGCCGUCAGGAAGGAUACGGAGGUGGCCGUCAAGAAGGCGGCUACAGCGGAGGACAUCAGGAAGGAUACGGUGGAAGUGGAGGCUACGGCAACGACCGCCCCAGCGGCGGUAACGGUGGCUAUGGCCAGGACGAGCGUCGCCACGAGGGAGGCGGCUAUGGUGGAGGUCGCCAGGACGAUUCAUACAGCAGCCGCCCAAGUGGCGGACAGGGUUACGGCGACAACGACAGACCCUCAGACAGCUACGGUGGUGGAGGUAACGGCGGCUACGGCCAGGGCUCAUCAGGAGGCUAUGGCGGCGGAUCUGGCAACCACGGUGGCCAACACUCUUCUGGCACGUCAUACGGUGGUGGUGGCUACGGUGGCGGCUCAGAUGAAUAUGGCGAGGCUGCUCACCACGCUCAGCAAGAUGCUGGCUCCUCAGGAGAUGCGAACCUGUUUGGCACUGCCCUCAGCCUACUCUCCGGCAACAAGCAGAAGCUCCAGAACGAGGACGUCGAUGAAGACGACGCGGUUCAGCAGCAUCAAAAGUUCUACGGCAACCAGCAGGGAGGCAACCACCAAGCCACCUCGAACAACGUCGGCGCUGCUGCUGCAAUGCAAGCCUUGAAGAUGUUCAACGGUGGCAACCAGCAGCAGGCCCAGGGUGGUCAGAACAAGUUCAUCGGGCUAGCUAUGUCCCAGGCCGCACAGCUGUUUGACAAGCAGCAAGGCCAGGGCAAGACAGACCCCAGUGCAACCAAGCAGGAUGCUGUUGCCCAGGCCGCUCAGAUGGCUCUCAAGUUCUACAUGAAGAGCGAGAUGGGUGGAGGUGGCGCCUCUGGUGGAAGUUCAGGAGGAGGCCUCGGGGGUCUUCUGAACAUUGCCAGCAAGCUCAUGAAGUAGAGUUGUGCACUGUGACAGGCUCUCGUUAACGAAAGGUAGAUAGACAACCACGAAUGAAUGCCCACAACGGCUGUUCGCUACUG